UCCAUUUUCCCUUCACAAAAUGAGAAGGUUCUCGCCCAAUUAAUCCCAAACCUUUUCAAACUGCUGUGAAUCCCCUGUGAUGAUCUUGCAAUUCUUGACAAGAAGAAAAGAGAAAGAGUGCCUUUGAAACCCGACCCCGCCCAAGAUGCCCAUUCAACACAACUUCAUCGUCUCCUUAAACCCUUAAACAGUUAAACCUCCAACCAUCUCGCAGCCUCUUCAUAACCAACUCCAGAGAGCUCAUCAAGCAAUUCAAUUCAAUCCAAUAUCAAAACCCAUAUCCCAAAUUCCCAGUUUAAUACCAAAAUGGCGACCUCGGAACCCAGCAACACCGACGACGACCUCUCCGCCGCUGCCACAACCAUCACAUUCGACCACCCAAUCCCCUUGCUCCGCGGCCCGGUCCGGGCCGCCCCACCCGACGACCCGCCGUCGGGCCCGUACGUCCUGGCCUUCCGCAACCCGAAGGCCUGGGCCAGCGCCUACAGAGCCUCCGAGUCAAAGAUCAUCCACCAGUGCGAGGGCGGGUCGAGAAUCGGGUGCGCCAUAAGCGCAGCUAGCAAAUGUAAGCCGCCGUGGUGGCGCUUUCUGAUUGGCGGGAGGGCUCCGGACUUGAAGGAGAGGGCGGAGUGCGAGGAGAGAGAGACGGAGGCGUGUUUGGCGGCGGCGAAGGACAAGUGCGCUGGGUUUGCGCGGGACAAGUGUGUGGGGCCCUUUAGGGAGGCUAGGGUUUGUGGGAGGGUGAGUAAGAAGCACGCUGGGGAGAUGGUCGGGUGGGCGAGUUUGGCGGGUAGGAGUAGGUGGCUGGAUUUGAUUGGUUUGGAGAGUGUUGGGUUUGGAGUGACGAAUUGUAGGGCGGGUGAGUUGGUUGGGUACUCCGGCGAGGUUGACAGGAUUUUACGGAGUGAUAGUUUGUAGCGAUGAUUGUUUGAAGUUGUGACAUUUUGGAGGGUGGAUGUGUUCACAAUUAUUAGAUUGUUAAAUUGGUUGAUUUGCGAUCAAUCCUAUAUAAGUGUUAGAAUAAGAAUUUAAUCAGGGUGGCUCAUCUGGUUGUUGAUUUCCUGUGAUAAGAGUACUAAGAUAUGAGUGGAGGUGCCAGCUGAUUGAGAGAUACUAAAAAUGGUGGCAAUGCAGGUCGAAAUAUCAGAAAUUUUGUUUGAGGUCGCAGCUUGGAGUCGGUCUGCAGCGAAAAGAAGCGACUUUUUUUUUGCUGAUGGGUGAGUUCCGUUUUUCAAUUAUCUGAAAUUCAUCACUAUGCGUUUGAAGUGCCUGCGAGAGUGAUAGGCUGUUAGAGUGAUAGGCCUGUUAAAUAUUCCAUGUAUCACAGAAGCAACUAGAAUGAAGACCCUACUGAUAGUUAUCUUAUGAAUAAGUGGUUGAGUUGUUCUUGGUUCAGAAGCUUAACUAUUUUGAACUUGGGAGUGUUUGGCAAUAGAGGCUGAUCACGAUGAUAUUCUUGGAUUUAGCUUUCCCUCUUUGAGAUAUUUGUCCCUAAGAUAUGUAAACAUGUAUGUGAAGUCGGGAGUCUUCAACUUACAGUCCUGGUUGUCCUUUGCUUGAAAAUCUGUCAAUAAUUGGGGGUUCCAGCUUUUUUAACAA